CGUCGAAGAUUGAUGUGGUGGAUCAGUACGGAUAGCGAAGGUGAAGGUGUUGACUUCACGCAGCGAUCGGAAGACGCAAUGGCGGCGUGUAUAUCACGUCCCCUCUCCGAGUUCAAGUUGCUUCCCAAAAAUAUCAACCCUCCCCACCGGAUACUUUCCUCCAUCCCUCCCGUACCGCGGAGACUCCAGAGCUAAGCCAAGCCAAGCCAGAGAUCGCCGGCGCCAAUGGUCUCGCCUGCCGCUGAAGGCGGGCCCUCGGCCUCCUCCUCAAUGGGAAUGCCGGAGCCUCCCCUCGGGGAGGAAGCCGCAAAGCUCCGCUGCCGGCCCGCGCGCGUCAUCUCCAUGGGCGUGCAGUGCUGCAUGACGGCCGCCCUUCUCUCCGCCUUCGGCGUGUUCAUCGUCAUGAUGCCGCUCGUCCUCGCCGCGCGCGCCUUACGCCGGCAGGGCAGGCGGUACCUCGCCUUCUCACCCGACGACCACCCGCCGCCGUGGCCGCGGCAGCGCCAUGUCAGCCUCGCGUCCGAACAAAUCAGCCGCCUCCCCAGCUUCGAGUCGUCCCCGUACGACCGAAACUCGGCCUGCGUCGUGUGCCUCGAGGCGUCGCGCGGCGGCGAGCGGUGGCGCGCGCUGCCCCCCUGCGGCCACGCGUUCCACGCCGCCUGCGUCGACCCGUGGCUCCUCCUGUCGCCCGCGUGCCCUGUCUGUCGCGCUACCGUAGCCGUUCCUCCGACAGGCGAAUCCCAGGCGCAGGCGGCAGACGACAUGGAGACACCGCCUCCGCCCAUCUACCUCAGCCUCAGUCCACCUCAUGGUGGGCUGGGUCCCUUCAUGUGUUCGACAAGAGGCCUUCCCGCCUGCCUUGCUGUGUUCGUCUUCGUCCUAGCUGCUUUAGGUUUCGUGUGGAUCGUCCUGCUCUUGUAACUACAUAAUUCAACUGACUUGAGAGUGCCAGGGCAAGAUGGAAAAUGCUUUCUUCUUGGUCUAGUUGCGCAAGUUGGCUACCGAAUGCGGAUGCCUAAGCUCUCCCUCCAAUCCAUAGUAAGAAAAUAACAUGUAACCAUUAGCACGACAUGGUUUGCUCUAUUACUUUCCAUCUCUUGUUUUAAUAUUAUUUGUGGAAUGCUGGAAACACUAA